GCUUCAUUCUCGUCUCUGGUUCACGAUAAAAGAAGAGAAGGGGGUCGAGCCAUCCCACCUUCUCUCCCUCUCUCCAUCGGCUCCAGCCAGCCCUAGGCUAUAUCUCUUUACGUCUCGAAGAAGAAGAAGAAGAAGAAGGAGGAGGAGGAGGAGGAGGAGAAAGCGGAGGAGGAAGGACGCAUCGCAUCCACGGCAGCCAAUCUCGGUUUCAUUUUGAAUGAAGGUGACUUUAUAUCUCAUAUCUUGGGGAAUUUAGCGUGAUGAUGCUUGACACAGAGUUCAUUCAGAGAAGAAAGAGGUGCAUGUGCUGUUCGAUGCCUUGACAUUUACAGGCUGGGGGACACUUUAUACAUGCCUUCACAAGUGGCUCGGAUGAAAGGCUGUGAAAUUGUACAGAUUUUAUGGCUCAACAAUCUUCUCGCCUUCAUCGCUUACUUACAUUGCUGGACACGGGUUCAACUCAAGCAACAAGGUUUGCAGCCGCACGACAGAUUGGUGACAUUGCAAAAGCUCACCCACAGGAUUUGAGUUCACUUCUAAAGAAGAUAUCUCAAUUUCUUCGAAGCAAAAAUUGGGACACCAGGGUUGCUGCUGCCCAUGCUGUGGGUGCAAUUGCUGAAAAUGUUCGACACCCAUCUCUGAAUGAACUGUACUCACGUCUAGAGUCUGAGAUGCUUAAGGCUGGAGUCCCUGAUGAUGUGAAGGUGCUUGUGUCCCACUGGUGUAAUGCUAGUCCAACGCCAGCUGCUGGCCUGUCCUUUGAAAGUUUUGACAUAGGCAAGGUGUUGGAAUUUGGUGCACCUUUGUUGGCAUCGGGGGGCCAGGAGUAUGAUGUUUCUAAUGAAAAUAGCAAAAUCACUGGUGAACGCUUGGCUCGUCAAAAGCAGAAUCUUCGCCGUCGAUUGGGUUUGGAUGUAUAUGAACAAUUCAUAGAUGUCAGUGAUAUGAUUCGUGAUGAGGAUCUUAUGAGCCAGAAAUUUUAUUUGCACGAUAAUGGUACAAACAUUGGUUAUCAAAGAUAUCAGUCUGGACAACAUAUACAUCAACUUGUUGCAAGUAUGGUUCCUAGUUACGUGUCUAGGAGAUUGAGUGCUAGGGAGUUAAAUCUUCUGAAGAGGAAGGCGAAGGUUAAUGUGAAAGACCAGCAGAAAGGUUGGUGUGAAGAAGAUGAUAGUGAAGCACAAGUUUCACAAAAUCUUUUGACACCUAAAGCGGGAUCAUUAGAACCAGUAGUCUCUGAGAAGGUCUCUUUAGAAACUAUGGCAGAUCAUGAGAAUUCUGAGCAAGAAGGGAUUGGAAGGUGGCCAUUUAGUCACUUUGCUGAGCAGCUUAUGCUUGACAUGUUUGAUCCCAUAUGGGAAGUGCGACAUGGAAGUGUAAUGGCUUUGAGGGAAAUCCUCGCCCAUCAAGCAGCUUCUGCUGGUGUAUUUGUGCCUGAUUUGGACUCGGAAGGUUGGUGGUCUCUGCAGAUUGAUGACAAGAGUGGAAUUACGGGGGUAAAAAGGGAAAGAGAGAUUGAUUUAAACGUGCAACUUUUGACAACUGAGACACAACCUGUUUUGAAGAGACAAAAAUCAGAAAGCAAUAUGUCUACCGACAUGGAGGUCGCUCAGGGUAUAUGCCUGAAGUCUGAGGAUGAUCUAUCAGUCUUCAACCAAGGUGGAUUAAGUAUAGGUCCUGUUAAAGUUGAGCCAGAGUUAGAUUCUGCUGGCUCUUAUUUUUCAGAAAGACAGGCUCAGCAAAAUCAUGUGUUACAUGACACUGUAACAAAAAAUAGUAGCUUUGCCACAGUGAUGGAUACGUUAUCUAAUUUUCCAGAAGGUUCCAAACUAGUAAAAUUGGCAAAACUGUCAAGGCAUUCAUGGGCAAAAAAUUGGGAGUUUCUUCAAGAAUGUGCAAUUCGCUUGGUUUGUGUUUUAUCGUUAGACCGAUUUGGAGAUUAUGUUUCUGAUCAAGUAGUUGCUCCGGUUCGUGAAACAUGUGCCCAAGCUCUAGGUGCAGUCAUAAAGCAUGUACACCCUUCACUAGUUCAUGAAACACUGAGUGUCCUUCUCCGGAUGCAGCACCGUCAAGAAUGGGAGGUUCGGCAUGGCAGCCUUCUGGGUAUCAAGUACUUGAUUGCUGUUAGACAGGAAAUGCUUCAUGAGUUACUUGGCAAUGUUCUUCCUUCAUGUAGAGCUGGUCUAGAGGACCCUGAUGAUGAUGUUAGAGCAGUUGCUGCUGAAGCAUUGAUACCUGCUGCCGCUCCUAUAGUUUCCUUUAUGGGUUUAAAGUUACAUUCAAUUAUUAUGUUACUUUGGGAUAUAUUGCUUGAUCUUGAUGACUUGAGUCCAUCCACAAGCAGUGUUAUGAACUUAUUGGCAGAAGUAUAUUCUCAGCCAGAAGUGGCUUCAAAAAUGCUGGGAGCAUCAACAUUGAUGGAGAAGAACUUAGAUCUCAAUGAAAAUGUGCAACUUGGAGAAAAUGGUGUGAAAAAUGAUGAAAACCCAUACGCAUUAUCUUCUCUAGCGCCUCGGUUGUGGCCAUUUAUGAGACAUAGCAUCACAUCAGUUCGGCAUGCUGCUAUAUCUACUCUGGAAAGGUUGCUUGAAGCUGCGCAUAAAAGCUCAUCAGAGUCCAACAUUACUAGUUUCUGGCCUGCUAGUAUUUUAAGUGAGACAUUUCGGAUUGUUUUUCAGAACUUGCUUCUUGAAGCAAACAAUGAGAUUUUACGAUGUUCUGAAAGAGUCUGGAGGCUUCUCCUUCAGUGUCCCAGUGAGGAGCUGGAUGUUGCUGCGGGUUCAUAUUAUUCGUCGUGGCUGGAACUGUCAACAACUCCAUAUGGUUCUGCCUUAGACGCUACAAAAAUGUUUUGGCCUGUAAUACUACCCAGAAAAAGCCAGUUUAAGGCUGCUGCAAAGAUGAGGGCUGUAAAAGGGGAGAGUGACUCUGGUGGAAAUUUUAGUUUACAGGGUGCAAGAGGGAUUCCCGAGCAAGAGCAGAAUGUCGAUGUUUCUACAAAUUCGACAAAAAUAAUUGUGGGUGCAGACAGUGAAAAGUCGGUCACCUAUACGAGGGUAACUACAUCAGAGGCAUUGGGCAUUUUUGCAUCAAAGUUGUCAGAGUCAUCAAUGCAAUAUAUAGUUGAUCUACUGUUAAAUGAGCUGAAAUCUCUAUCAGGGGUUCAGCGUCAGGUGUCUUCAAUGAUUCUUGCUGCCUGGUUUAAAGAGCUCAAGUUCCGAGAUCAACCUAAAAUGCCUGCUCUUAUGCUUAGCCUUGUCCACCCUCUUCAGAAACUAUUACUGGAUUUGCUUUCAUGUCCUGAUCCAGCAUUUCCUACAAAAGAUUUAGUUCACCCUUAUUCUGAACUGACAAGGACAUACAUGAAGAUGCGGAAUGAGGCAGCUCUUUUACACCGAGCGGCUGUUUCAUCGGGACUCUUUGACGAUAUUUUGUCAUCUCUCUCUUUCUCAAUGGAAACAAUUAUUGUGGAUGAAGCAAUCUCUUUUGCUUCGAAACUUUUGCUGCCAAGCGAGUCUUCCCAUGAAGAUGGUACUACAGAGAGGCAUGGUUUGGAGGAUGUGGAGUCAUCCAAGCAACGUCUCUUGUCAACUGCUGGGUAUUUAAAAUGUGUCCAGAGCAAUUUGCAUGUUACAGUUACAGCUUUAGUUGCAGGAGCUGUUACAUGGAUGUCAGAUCUUCCUGCUAAAUUAAAUCCAAUAAUUCUUCCUUUGAUGGCUGCAAUCAAAAGGGAACAGGAAGAAAUAUUGCAGAAAAAGGCAGCGGAAGCUUUAGCAGAGCUUAUUUUCUGUUGCAUUUCUCGUAAGCCAAGUCCAAAUGAAAAGUUAAUCAAGAAUUUAUGCACUUUAACAUGCAUGGAUCCUUCUGAGACGCCCCAAGCAGCUGUGAUGAAGUCAAUGGAGAUUUUGGAAGAUCAAGAAUUAUUGUCAUUGAAGAAAACUCGACAAGGUGAGAAGGCCAGAGUCCAUAUGUUGUCUGCUGGUGAUGAAAGGUCAAAAAUGGAAGGCUAUAUAGGCAGGAGGGGGUCAGAGCUUGUGUUAAAGUGCCUAUGUGACAAAUUUGGUGAUUCUUUAUUUGAUAAACUUCCUAAACUAUGGGAUUGCCUUACUGAGGUACUUAAGCCAGCUGUCACAGAAACUACACAUCUAACAGAAGGAGCACCAGCAGCACAAAACACUGAGUAUAUAGGCGAUCCUCAAGUCUUGAUCAACAAUCUACAGGUUGUUCGCUCUAUUUCACCUUUGCUGUUGACUACACUAAAGAAGAAAUUGCUCUUGCUGCUACCUAGUAUACUUAGUUGCUUGCAUCAUCAACAUGUUGCAGUUAGGUUGGCAGCUUCAAAAUGUAUUACUACAAUGGCAAUAACAAAUACUACCAAUGUGAUGGAAGUUGUGAUGGAAAGAGCGCUGCCGAUGUUGAGGGAUUCUACAUCUGUCUAUGCCAGACAAGGCGCUGGCAUGCUUAUAAGCUUGCUUGUACAGGGAUUAGGAGUUGAACUUGUGCCUUAUGCACCUUUGCUUGUUGUGCCUCUUCUAGGUUGUAUGAGUGAUAGUGAUCAAGCUGUAAGACAGAGUGUCACAAGCAGUUUUGCAGCCCUUGUCCCUCUACUACCAUUGGCUAGGGGUCUUCCUCUUCCUACUGGACUAAAUGAAAGUUUAUCUAAGAAUGCAGAUGUUCAAUUUCUCGAGCAACUGCUUGAUAGCUCUCAUAUUGAUGAUUACAAACUUUCCACCAAAUUGAAAGUAACCCUGAGAAGGUAUCAACAAGAAGGUAUAAACUGGUUGUCCUUCUUGAAACGGUUUAAGCUUCAUGGAAUUUUGUGUGAUGAUAUGGGGCUUGGCAAGACACUUCAAGCAUCUGCUAUUGUGGCAUCUGAUAUAGAAGAACAGCGGUCUUCUAAUUCAAAGACGAGUCAAUUUCCAUCUUUAGUUAUAUGUCCCUCAACAUUAGUUGCACACUGGGCCUAUGAAAUAGAGAAAUAUAUUGAUGAAUCUGUAAUCUCACCUCUCCAGUAUGUUGGUUCAAUUCAAGAGCGCCAGUCCCUCCGCAAUAACUUCAGCAAGUUCAAUGUUAUCAUAACAUCAUACGAUAUUGUCCGGAAGGAUAUUGAGCAUCUCCACUCAAUUUUAUGGAAUUAUUGUAUCUUAGAUGAGGGGCACAUUAUUAAAAAUUCAAAGUCAAAAGUUACAUGUGCAGUGAAACAGUUGAGAGCUGAUCACCGCCUCAUUCUCACUGGAACUCCUAUUCAGAACAACGUCUUGGAACUUUGGUCACUUUUUGACUUUCUAAUGCCUGGCUUCCUGGGGACCGAACGUCAGUUUCAAGCCACUUAUGGAAAGCCGCUGCUUGCAGCCAAAGAUUCAAAAUGUUCUGCCAAGGAUGCAGAAGCAGGUUGUUUAGCUAUGGAAGCACUGCAUAAACAGGUUAUGCCUUUCCUACUUCGCCGAACAAAAGAUGAGGUUUUAUCUGAUCUUCCUGAGAAAAUUAUCCAGGACAGGUACUGUGAUCUGAGUCCUGUUCAGAUGGCACUUUAUGAGCAAUUUUCCAAUUCUGAUGCAAGAAGGGAUCUCUCAUUACUGGUCGAAUCAGAGGACCAGCAGAGCAUAGCAGAUGUAGCGGCUCCAUCAAAAGCAUCUACCCAUGUCUUUCAGGCUAUCCAAUACUUGCUGAAAGUGUGUAGCCAUCCACUACUUGUCCUUGGUGAAAAGCCUUCACGGUCUCUUGUGCAUCAAAUCUCUGAUGUCAUUCCUGACUGUGCUGAAAAUUUGUCAUGUCUGCAUGAACUUCAACACUCUCCCAAGUUAGUUGCUCUUCAAGAGAUCCUGGAGGAAUGUGGAAUAGGCACAGAUAAUGCAGGCGAUGAAGCUGCUAUAGCUGGCGGCGGGCAACACAGGGCUUUAAUAUUUGCUCAACAUAAAUCCUUCUUGGAUAUCAUUGAGCGAGAUCUGUUCCAAGCACAUAUGAGGAGUAUCACGUAUUUGCGUCUCGACGGAUCGGUUGAACCAGAAAAACGUUUCGAAAUUGUUAAAGCUUAUAACUCUGACCCUACUAUCGAUGUUCUCUUACUCACAACACAUGUUGGAGGGCUUGGAUUAAAUCUUACAUCUGCGGACACCCUCAUUUUUAUGGAGCAUGACUGGAAUCCAAUGAGGGAUCAUCAGGCUAUGGAUAGAGCCCACAGGCUCGGACAACGUAAGGUUGUCAAUGUUCAUCGCCUUAUCAUGCGGGGAACAAUAGAGGAGAAGGUCAUGAGCCUCCAGAAGUUUAAAGUAUCAAUUGCAAAUGCUGUUAUUAAUGCAGACAAUGCCAGCCUGAAAACAAUGAAUACUCACCAAUUACUAGAUUUGUUUACUUCAGCAGACACUGGCAAGAAGGGUGCAGGAAAGCCAGGUUCUUCUGAUGCUGACCAGGAUAUGAUUGACAAGAAAACAUCAGUUGGAGGAAAGGGGCUGAAAGCCAUGUUAAAUAAUCUAGAAGAGCUCUGGGAUCAGUCACAAUAUACAGAAGAAUACGAUGUCAGCCAAUUCUUGGCAAGACUAAACGAUUGAAAUGUGUCAGUUUGUAAAAAGUGUAUAUUCGAGUGAGAAGCUCAUAGGCUCAAGAAUUUUGGCAGUGGUGAUUUUUGUCUUUUUUUAAUUUACUUGUAAUCUCAUGUAGAGCUAAGGGCGCGGAUGCAGGAGUUUACAGGAAGGUGCACGCCAAGUGUAAAUGAGGCAUAUUGUAUAUAACAAUUGUUUUUUAGUUCAAAUAGAGCCAUUGAUUCCUCAAA